AUGGAGACUCUUUCAUUCUGCACCGAGUCGGGAGGUGUCCCAGGCACUGCGACACCCCAUCCGAAGGCUUCCUCUCUGCAUCAUCUCACCAGGCAGCUCUUACAGCAGUAUCACAAGGAUGUCAGGCCAGUUUAUAACUGGGCUGAGGCCACCACUGUCUACCUGGACUUUUGUGUUCAUGCUGUAUUGGAUGUGGACGUACAGAAUCAAAAAUUAAAGACAAGUGUGUGGUACCGAGAGGUUUGGAAUGAUGAGUUUUUGUCCUGGAACUCUAGCCUGUUUGAUGAGAUUCAAGAAAUCUCUCUCCCUCUCAGUGCCAUCUGGGCCCCAGAUAUCAUCAUCAAUGAGUUUGUGGACCUUGAAAGAUCUCCUGACCUUCCCUAUGUAUAUGUGAACUCCUCUGGAACCAUUAGUAACCACAAGCCCAUCCAGGUGGUCUCUGCAUGCAGUUUGCAGACGUAUGCUUUUCCCUUCGAUAUCCAGAAUUGCAGUCUCACCUUCAAUAGCAUGCUGCAUACAGUGGAAGACAUAGACCUGGGCUUCCUGAGGAAUAGAGAAGACAUCGAGAAUGACAAAAGGGUGUUUCUGAAUGACAGUGAGUGGCAACUUCUUUCAGUGUCCUCCACAUACCACAUCCUGCGGAGCAGCGUUGGAAACUUCGCUCAGAUUCGGUUUAACGUGGUGAUUCGCAGAUGCCCGUUGGCCUAUGUUGUGAGCCUCUUGAUUCCCAGCAUCUUCCUGAUGCUCGUGGACCUGGGGAGCUUCUACCUGCCCCCCAACUGCCAUGCAAGAAUUGUAUUCAAGACCAAUGUGCUGGUGGGCUACACAGUCUUCAGGGUCAACAUGUCUGAUGAGGUGCCAAGGAGCGCAGGGUGCACGUCUCUCAUUGGGGUCUUCUUUACCGUCUGCAUGGCCCUUUUGGUUCUCAGCUUAUCCAAGUCCAUCUUGUUGAUCAAAUUCCUCCACGAGGAGAAACACAGUGGGCACGAACGGCCUCUUCUUUGCCUUCGAGGAGACUCUGAUGCUGAUGAGCCUGGAUUGCACCCCAGGGCUCCAAGUGCUGAGACAACAGAGCCCCCAGUCCAUCAGGAGCACCAGGUUCAGCCGGAUACCCUGAAGGAAGUUUGGCUCCAGCUCCAAUCCAUCAACAACUCCCUCCGAACUCGGGAUCAAGUUUACCAGAAGGAGGUGGAGUGGCUGGCCAUCCUGUACCACUUCGAUCAGCUGCUCUUCCAAAUUUACCUUGCUGUGCUGGGGCUCUAUACUGUCACCUUGUGCACUCUCUGGGCACUGUGGAGCAGAAUGUGACAACGGAGACUGCUGCUCUCACUAUGGGGUCACAACACUGAGGCAGGCUGAACAGUGUUUGGAGAGGGGCUGAAAGGGAAAGAGUGAGCUGGUUUUAAAAAUGUCUCCCAGACUCCAUUGUCUCUUUUCAGUGACUACACAGAGGAGCAUCUUAUUGGUUAUUGACUGAACCAGUAAACAUACAUAUUCAAAAUAAAAAUGUAUAAAGAGAAUAGAGUAUACAGUGACAAGCAAGCUCUCACUUCCCCUAGACCACCAUUAGUGACCGUUCAUACUUAGGCUUAAGCAAAAAAGUUUGGUUUUAGAUUUUUGAAGCGACGUCUCUUGUAGUCUAGGCUAACCUUGAACACUAUGCAUCCAAGGAUGACUCUUGAUACUCCUACCUCUGCCUUCCAAGUGCUGAGAUUGUACAUACUGUGCCACCAUGCCCAGCUCCAUUUGAUAUAUUCUGCUUUAACAGUCUCUGUGUCAACUUAACCUCGAGCCCAGUUAAAAACAGCUUCAUUCCUCCAGGAUCAUCAACCCAUGGCUCUGUCUCCUCCAUUCUGUCUUUGGUCUCAUAUUACCUCAUAUCCUUUUCCCUUUAAAUGUUUGGUAGCCUCUUUAAUGCAUGUGUAUAUGUGAGGAGGAAGAGGAAUAGACAGACAGAUGACAGACAGACAGACAGAGAUUACCCAAUAGACCACAUGCUUCCAGAGCCUGUUUCUGUCACUGUUCACCCAGGAGACCUUAAACUUCGCUUCUCAGACUUCAUUCUGCCUUAUUUAAAGUAGGGGCUGUUAAUGUUUACUCUCUCCAUAUCAUAGAAUUAUGAGAGCAAAAUAACUCAACAUUUUGAAAAG